AUGAGGUUCCGUCAGACCAAUACCCAACCGGAAUCAAAGCCUGUGUACAAGGCAGACACUCUUAUGGAGUAUGCUGUCCGACAAAAAAUCACCAAAGCCGAGGCUGCAAAAAUAAAGAAGGAGCUGUCAUUCGAAGUUUUGAAUACAGCUGGAAAUGAGGAAGCGAUUGCACAAGUGAUCGCCGAUAUGAGCUCUGGUCCUCACUAUGGACCAGUCUUCGAAGAUCUGAAAAAAGAUGUCCCGCUAUUAAAGUCGAUGAUAGUGGCGAGACAAGAGUUUAUCGAUGCGCCCGAGAGGUUGAAGGCACUGUUUAAAAUUGAGGCCGACAGCAACACCUCAGCCGAACAACCUGGACCAUCAAAUGGCAAAGAAACUGGCAGCACAUCCAUUUAA